AUUGUCCGCCAUUACGUGAAAACAGGAAGCAGCCCCCCGUCUGCUCCGGAUAUGAAAAACUGAAUCCAGCUCAAUAAUCGACUAAUUAACAUUUCAUCUUUCAAUUUCGCCUUUCAUUUGAAAUUAACGCACAGUACAAUCUUAAUGAUGCGGUUAUUUAAUGACCGUUUUAUAGUUUUCAGGGUUUUCGGUGGGAAAAGGGUUCGAGGCUAUCUUUCCCGAACCCGUUAUUCCGCUAUGUUUUUGUUGUGCGCUGUAUCAGGCUGCUGGAUGUUUUGUUUUUCCUCUGUUCUCGAGAAAAACAACAACAAAACAAUGAAAGGCAAAACGAGUAGUUAACAAACGAGUGAAGCGUGUGCGAAAGAUCCACUAAUUGCCUCCCCACCGGCGCCAUCGCCAAGAUGGUUUCCACUCGCGGCGUAAAGUUCAAGUUCACCGAGGGAGAAAAAGUUCUCUGCUACGAGCCGGACUCUUCCAAAGCCAAAGUCCUCUACGACUCGAAGGUCUUGGAGCUUGUGGUCGAGAAGGACAACCGCGGCCGCAAGAUGCCCGAGUACCUGAUCCACUUCAGCGGCUGGAACAGCAGCUGGGACCGCUGCGUGGCCGAGGAGUUCAUCCUACCGGACACUCCGGACAACCGAAAGCUGCAGAAGAGGCUCGCAGAGGAGGCUGCGCACAAGCUACUGCAGACGAGCCGCUCGAAGCGGCGGAAAGUGCCCGCCAUCCUCAAAGAGAGCCUGAGCAGGAGCAAGGGGCCGGGCGAGGGCGGCCGUCGGGACAGGAGCGACUCGAGCAGCGCCCGGGAGGACUCCUCGUCCGACUCCGACAAGUCGGAGAGGGAGGACCAGAGGGACAGCGACGAGGCGGAGGAGGAGAGCGACGAGGAGCCCGACGAGGUGGCCCGGGAGUUUGAGCUGGAGAUCCCCCGGGUGCUGAAAGAGCGUCUGGAAGACGACUGCUACCUGGUCACCUGCAGGUCCAAGCUGGUGCGCCUCCCGUGCUCGCCCAGCGUGGUGGACUUGCUCGAGGCGUACCUGCGUCACUACGCCGACAGGCUCACCAACACGGGGAACCGGAAUGGAGGGCCGCGCCUGCCGGUGGUUCCGCCGGCCGACAUUCAGGCCAGGUUCGGGCUGUGCAGGGAGGCGAUGGACGGGCUGCGCAUCGUCUUCAGCUUCACCCUGUCCACGUCGCUGCUGUACGGCGUGGAGCAGAGGCAGUACCAGCUGGUGACCGGCUGGUGUCGCCCCCUAGCGCUGACCAGGCCACCGGAGGAGCCUGACGAGGCGCCGGAGUGCAGCAGCAGCCAGGCGGCGGACUCUGCAGCCGUGGCGAGGGGGCGGUCUGGCAAACACAACGGCACGGACGCGAGGGCGACCUCUCCUCCGCGGCGGAGGACCUCUGGAAGCCCGCCGGAGCGCCGGACCCUGCGCUCCUCGGACCGUCACCCGAGCGGAAGCAGCGGCAACAAUUCGGUCAACGCCGGCGGCUCGUCCCCGUCCAAGUCCGCCAACGACGAGAGCGACUCCGACAACCUUCCGCUGGCAGUCGCCAUCAGAGGUCUGGCGCACAGGCAUCGAACGACGAGCGUCUGCUCGGCAACGUCCACCGCGUCUACGGUGCCGCCGGACCCUCCCCGCACCCUGGCCGCCUCGCUCGACUGCAAGCUGCUGCCCAAGGAGUCCCUCGAGGAGUGCCCGUCGUCCGCCGCCCUCCUCUACGGGCCCCAGCACUUCCUGAGGCUCUUCGUGAAACUUCCCGAGUUGCUGGUGAAGAUGAGUCUAUCCAAGCGGAAGGCGGACCAUCUCCAUGCCAUCCUCAACGGGCUUUUAAACUACCUGGCCGGAGAGCAAGAACAGUUGUUCCAGAAGUCCGCCUACGGCGACGCCGAGCUGGUGAUGGUGGAGCUUGAAAAGUGUGCCGGUGUGCAGAAAGGCAGUUGACGGUGUCUCGGUUCGGCCGGGCGAGUGGUGGCACCUGCCGAGCAUUUGUCGGACAGUGUCGAUGAGUGUGCCGAUGAAGCUCUCCUCGAUAACGAGGAUUUUCACAUAACCGCUCGUGUCGGUGUAAAUAAAACUUCCGGUGCUUCA